AUGCUGAUACGAAAAUCGCAAGAUGAGCUACUGUUGGUUGACGAUAGUAACACCGACUCUGAAUUUGAUGAGCCGAAGAUGAAAAGUCGCGACCAUCAUGGAAAUAACAUCGCCGUACGACAAAACAAAAGUGCCGCUGCAUCAAACAAUUAUUCAAGUAACAACGCCGCAAGGAUAAUCCACAACAACAACAGAAGUACAAAUCAACGGCAGCCCCAAUUGCUCAAAUCAUCUGUGAAUGCUGCGAAGCAAACUUCAAUUGCAAAUGAUGCAACGAAAACAUCAUCCAAAAGUGCAACGACGAAACAAAAUGACAGCAAUGCAAUACGAAAGUAUCACACGGAGUUGUUAAAAGAGGAGGUACAUAUCACUGACAACAUCAUCGGUUUCUGGAUGGAGUGGCUGCAGCGCAACGAUUUCAAAGACAACGAGGAAAUAUUAUUUGUACCAUCCGUUGUACAGCAUUUGAAAAUUGGCACGGAUUCCUCAGACACAUUAAGUAACAUGGAUCUGUACAAGAAAAAGUUUAUUUUCAUGCCGAUGAACACAUUGAAGGCAGGGGCGACAUGGGACGUUUGUCAUUGGUAUUUAAUGAUAUUUUCACGUUCAGAUAACCGCUUUUACGUAUUCAACUCAAAUGACAAUACGGAACAGGUCGGCAAACUGAAUGCGAACAAUUUACGUGAUUGUGGAUUGCAUGUAUUGACGAAUGCGCAAAUUGUGGCUAAGCAUGUUAUCACCAAUGAAAACCAAAGUAAUCCGACACCAUCGUCAGCUGAUACUAGACAACAACAAGCACAUCAUCGACAGCCAGAAAAAUGUUUCGUGGCAUGA